AUGAGUCGCGUGCCGGGUGUGCAGGCUUUUGGUUUACUAUUGGGACUUCCGACGGAGGUUCUGCUGCAGAGUUCUGCCAUCGAGCUUGGGUCUGGAUCAGGACAUCAGCACAUGAAAGGACAUGCAUCUGCAGCAAGCCUCGGAUCGAUGUCUUGGCUCAAAAAGCUCAAUUGGCUGGUAUUGGAGUUAGAUACGCCUGCGAACAAGACCUCGUGGGCGGCCUCCCUGCAGCAGCUAUCGUUCGGAGAUUGUUUCAACCAGCCUCUAUCCGAGGUCGUGUGGCUGGUCCUCCUGCAGCAUCUAUCGUCUGGAGAUAGUUUCAACCAGCCUUUUGACGAAGUUGCGUGGCCGACCUCGCUGCAGCAGCUAUCGUUCGGAAAUGAAUUCGAUCAGACCGUUGCGGAUGUUGUGUGGCCGGCCUCCCUGCGGCUGCUAUCGUUUGCAUGGCGCUUCAAUCAGCCCGUAUCCGAACUCAUGUGGCCGGUCUCCCUGCAGCAGCUAUCGUUCGGAUUCGAAUUCAACCAGCCCGUAGCCGAUGUUGCGUGGCCGGUCUCCCUGCAGCAGCUGUCGUUUGGAUGCUGCUUCAACCAGUCCAUCGCCGAAGUCGUGUGGCUGGCCUGCCUGCAGCAAUUAUCCUUCGGGUACAAAUUAAACCAACCUAUCACUGACGUUGUGUGGCCGGCACCCCUCCGGAAGCGGACUUUCGGACACAACUUUGAUCAACCCAUUGUUGAAAUCGCGUGGCCUGCAUUCCUGCAGCAGCUGCUCUUCGGGAACAGAUUGAACCAGCCCAUCGCAGAGGUCGUGCGGCCCGCGUCCCUGCAGCAACUCUCAUUCGGGUUCACAUUCGAUCAACCCAUCAACGGAGUCGCGUGGCCAGCUUUCCUUGAAAAGCUGCGUUUUUCCGACAUUUUCAGGAAGCCCAUUUGACGGAGUCAAGCGGCCGGCGUCCCUGGAGGAGAUCCAUUUUGGAAGGUACUUCCGUCUGCCUCGCGCCGGAUUCGUGUGGCCAAACUCCCUGGUUAUCCUAUCUUGUGGGGUGUGUCACCGACCUAUCGCUCGACCAGGCCAGUCAGCCGCGGUGCAAGCUGGGUGAGUGCAAGUGGCGGAAGCUUUCCGCACGCACGUUUGCUUCUUCUCAGGGCUCCAAGCGUGGUCACCUCCAUCGCGUGAGGCAAGCACCAAGAUGCUGUAACGAGCGGGAAACGGCCGGUAUAGGUGCCGCUGUAUCGCGUGACUCGCCGGGUGAAACGGACGGUAUGAGUUUCCAUCUCUUAAGCUGCACAGCGGACAGGGAUGUUUUGCCGGUGUUCAGAGGGUUGUAGACUGUAGGCACUGCCAUGAUUAGAGGCGCUCGCAGCAUGACUCUGGUCGUGAGUGAACCUCCCCGUAAAUGCUUCUAUGGGAUAGGAAUCGUUGUUUCGCUUAACUUGUGCCACCUAGCCCUCGUACGCUGCACGGGGCACCCGCUUUUGUUGGUCGGUUGAUGAUUUCCAGCAGAACGUGAGGGUUUGGUCGGCCGAUGUAUUUAAAACAAGUUGAAGGUUUGUUGCGGACCGUGUCGUAUCGAGUAGAUGGUGUUGAGGUUCGGUAUGCCUGGACGAAAGUACACAGAAAUCGAGUAAACCAUUGGCGGCGUACCCCCCCCAAGUCUUGGUUUAUACCGACCAGCGACCCUCUAGUCUUCCCGAUGGCUCGUGCACACCGUCAUACAGGAAUUCUGAUUGAGGCAAAUGAGGCUCUAACUGUUUUACUCUGACGGAGAGACUUGUUGUGGCCGAGGAAGCACAUGACCGUGGUGUUUAUAGACUCAAAUGCGAGGGUCGGUGCAUGUGGGUGUUGUGAUGAAAGCGCUGAUGCUGCAAUGGCAGAUGCCAGGUCUCGGUGAUACACAAGAAGAGACAAUAAGGACGUCAUGCGCCUUGAGGCGAUUGUUUGAAAAAUGUACUCGUUUGAAAACGAAUAUGUCAUAUUUUACGUCUGUCGAGAGUACGCGUCUGCUUAGAACAAUACCUGCGCGCAAGAGAAAGUGGAGUUUGGCAUGAAAAACAAUGCUGUCACCCCCGCGUGUAGCUUCGUCUAAAGACGACGCAAGUGUCUGUAUGUCACCGCAAAGUGUUAUUGUGCCAUGGGGUGUGUUUGCUCGUUAUCGGAAGGGCUCGCCAAAUAAUUUUUGUCAUACGUUGGCUGUGAGACGGUACAUGAUGGGUUUGUUGGUGCAUGCAAACGGUUGUUUUGGGGGUUCAUAUGCGGG